ACAUGUUUUGUGUAUAUUUACCUCCUGAAAAAGAAAGCUUUUCAGUGCUCCGUCUUCCUAAGAGUAACCAUGAGAACACUUCUUCUAUUAGCAGGUCUCUGGCUUUCCUGUUGCAGUUUAGCCUCAGCCUCCAGACUGGUGUGUUAUUUCACCAACUGGUCACAGUAUCGGCCUGGUAACGGGAAGUUUAUGCCUCUAAAUGUUGAUCCAAACUUGUGUACCCACCUGAUCUAUGCAUUUGCUGGAAUAAAUGAAGCAAAUGAGCUGGUAACAAUUGAAUGGAACGAUGAUGUACUUUAUAGAUCUUUUACUGGACUCAAACAGAGGAAUGCAAAUCUUAAAAUGCUGUUGGCAGUCGGAGGAUGGAAUUUUGGAACCCAAAAGUUCACAACAAUGGUGUCAACACAAGCAAACAGGAACACAUUUAUCCAGUCUUCUAUCAAACUGCUGAGAAAAUACAAUUUUGAUGGACUUGAUCUGGACUGGGAAUACCCUGGUGCACGAGGAAGUCCAUUAGAGGACAAGCAGAGAUUCACUCUGCUGUGCAAGGAGCUCCUAGAAGGCUACGAGGCUGAAGGAAGAGACACAGGGCGACCCCGACUAUUGAUCUCUGCUGCUGUGGCUGCUGGAAAAGGAACCAUUGAUGCUGGUUAUGAAAUCACAGAGAUGGCAAAGUACCUGGACUUUGUCAAUGUGAUGACGUACGACUUUCACGGCACCUGGGAGAGAGUGACAGGACAUCACAGCCCAUUGUACAAGGGAUCCCAAGACAUUGGGGACAAUGUUUACUUAAAUACAGAUUUUUCCAUGAGGUACUGGCGGGACAAAGGAACACCUGUAGAAAAGUUGAACAUGGGCUUUGCCACAUACGGGAGGACAUUUCGGCUGUCAAGUCAGUCCAGUCAUGUUGGAGCGCCCACUAGUGGUCCAGCUUCUGCUGGUACUUUUACACGGGAGGCUGGCUUCUGGUCCUAUUAUGAGAUUUGCUCUUUCCUUCAAGGGGCCAGUGUCCAUUUGAUUCAGGACCAAAAAGUUCCAUAUGCUGUCAAGCAAGAUGUGUGGGUUGGAUAUGACAACAAAGAGAGCUACGAAACCAAGGUUCGGUACAUGAAAGAAAACAGAUUUGGAGGGGCUUUUGUCUGGGCUCUGGAUCUGGAUGACUUUAAUGGGCAAUUCUGUGGACAAGGAAACUAUCCACUUAUCAGCCAUCUCCGCUUGCUUCUAGCUGCAGACCUUCCACCCCUUCCCUCUACAGAAACUCCCCCAAAUCAGGUGACUCCAGCAACAAGCAAGGAUAACCCGACCCCCACAACUCGUCCAAGACCUACAGUCCCAUCUUCAUCUAUAGACCCAGACAACUUCUGUGCAACAAAGAUCGGUGGACUUUACGCCAAACCUGACUCUCCUGGUUCAUUUUACAGCUGUGCCAACGGCAUCACAUGGAUCCAAAACUGCCCCGCUAAUUUGGUCUUUGAUGAUUCCUGCAAAUGCUGUAACUGGUCCUAAGGCCACACAUAGGGGGGGAUAAAAGGGAGAGCUUUCUGGGGCCCAGCAAAAUGUGGGGCCCCUGAGGGUCAGGAAACUUAUGGUUCAUUGUAGAGUUAACCUAUGAGAAUCAUAUCUUAUUUUGACCUGAAUAUUAAACAAUCUUAUCAAAGCGAAAAAAAAUGAAUUUUAUUUACUCAUGCUGUAGUACAGUACAACCUUUUUCAAAAUAUAAACCUCUUUUCUUGAUAGAGGAGGACAGUGGAUAGAGUCAGAAACAGGGAUGAGAGCAGGGAGAGACAUGUGGCAAAGGGCCUCAGGCCGGAUUCAAACCUGAGCCAUCCGCGUACGUGGGGUGUGCCCCGGGAAUUUUCAUUUUAUUGGUAGUGUUUACAAUAUACUGAACUAAAUCAUAGGGAAAGAAAUGUCAGACUUCAUAGCUAAGCCUUAAGUGCUCUAACACCAGGAUGCCAGAAAACAAAGUAGAGGGGUGAGAAACUAAAUUAUGGCAAUAAUGGGUUAAAAGGGCAGAACUGGGUAACAAAUAUGCAAAAUUAGUGGAAAAUUGUUAAAGCAGUUAAAAAGUGGCAAAAAAAAAAGUUUUUUAAAGU